UCCAUAUAAACGGCAAACGGAACGGCGCCGCCAGAGACAUCCUUUCCGCAGGAUACAACCAAAAUAUUACAUAUACACACACGCAACGGCAACAACAACAGCUAGUUAAAAAUUACAGCAGCAACAACAAAAUAAAAAGAAAAUUUAUAAAAGUAACGAGGUGUCGUGUGUAAACUGUAAUAAUAAAAGCAAGAAGAGGAAUAGUCGCCUUCAAGAGAGGCAAAUGUGCAAUGUGAAAGACAGCUUAAAAGCUUUUGUGUGUGUGUGUGUAUGCUUGUGUUUGUAAGUGCGUGUGCCUGUGUUUGUGUGUGUGAGUUAAUGUAAAUACCACGAAAAUCGCUGAACGCCGAAAUAAAGCAUCAGCAGUAGAAAUCAACGAAGGCGAAGACGACAACGACAACGACGACGACGUCGACGUCAACGAGGCGGCCACUCGCCAAAAAGCAAACGCAAAACAAGAACAACAAGCAGUCGCAGCGGCAACGCCGAGACGCAUGUACGCUCCAUGUUCAACGCUGGCUGGUGGCCGAAGUCGUCUAAAACGACCAACGAUCGUUGUGUGAACUGCAACAAUAACAACAACAACGUGUGCAACGUGUCUACUUCAACAGCCAGCGAGCAACAAAGGAAUCAUUUACUCUGUGGCUGGAACAACGCUGUAAAAAUGUCAACUUCAAAGCAACAACAACAGCAGCAAGGACAUCAAAGGUUGCCGCAUUUCUGGUUGUUGUUGUUGCUGUUGCCAUUGCUGCAGCAGCAGUGUGAAGCCAGCGGCAACAGUGGCAGCAGCAGCAGCAGCAGCAUUGUGGAGCCCGAGGAGGCGGCAUUUCAAGGUCACUGCGGGCACACGAGUCCCUGCGAGCAGCUAUGCUAUGAGAUCCACGAUGGGAUGUACGAGUGCGAUUGCAUCGAGGGUUACGAGCUGAACAAGAACGGUUACAGCUGUCAAGUCAUAAAUACGACAAGCAGCGGCGCUGAUGGACAUGGCAAAUCCGAUGAGGAUGUGCUCUAUCAGAAGGGCGCCUCGUUUAGUGCCAAGUUGGCCAACGAUAAACCGGGGACGGCUAAAUCGCGCUAUGCGUCAACCUCAACGGCUGAAGCUGAACGAAACUCGCAGCCAGAUGCGAGGGAUGCGGAUGCGGAUGCGGAUACAGAUGCGGAUAGCGAAUAUGAUUACAACGAUGACAAUUUGGGUGGCGGGCAGGAACAGAAAGUCAAUUCAAAUGAUUAUUACAUAUCAGCCGAGAGCAUUAGCUUCAAUUCGGAGAACGAGAAUCAAGAACUGGAUGCUGCUGAUUUUAAAGUGGCAUCCACAGCUAGCAGCACAACUAGCAUCACCACAACCACCAUAAGACCAAGUCGCAUCAGCAUCAUCAAUCCAAAACCAUCAACAAAAGCAACAAAACCAACAACAACAACAACAACAACUGAGCAUACAAAUAGUGGGAAAGCAGCAGCAGCUCAGCGAAAUGUCUUGGAUUAUGGAGAUCCAGAUGGUCCAAGCGAUGGGGAUGUGGAUGAGUAUUAUAGCUACAAGUCGGACAUGUCCAUCUAUGACGAUGUCAAUAAUAAUCAAUUAAACUUAAGACGCAACAGCAACAGUAAUUCGCAUACAUAUCAAAUGAUAAGCAACAACAACAACAAUAACAACGAUAACAAUGAUAAAAAUGAUAACGACAACAACAAAGUCGCAAUGCAUAUCAAUAAAAAUGCUGCCAAUAGCAACAUAUCAGUUAAAACAACAACUCCAGCAACGAGCUCAACCAGCACCAGCAGCAGCACACUUUGCCAGCUGGAUUGCGGCUCGGAGGGUAUCUGCGCCCUGGAGGCAACGGCGUCCACUGCCCGCUGCUUGUGCCCCUUUGGCAAAACGGGUGAUGCUUGCCUGGAAGAUAUUAGGGCGCACGUGCCACGCUUUGCUAAACGCUCCUGGUUGGCAUUUGCGGCCCUUCAUGGCGCCUAUAAGCAUGUGCAAUUGCGCUUGGAAUUCCGUCCAGAGUCCUUCGAUGGCAUCAUAUUGCUGAGCGGGGAACGUGAUGAUCUCACCGGCGAUUUUAUGGCCCUGCUACUGAACAAGGGCUUUGUCGAAUUCUGGUUCGAUUGCGGCUCAGGCGUGGGCAGCGUUCGCUCUAGAGAGACCAUAAUGCUAAACGAGUGGAACUCGGUGAUUAUCUAUCGACACCGUUGGGAUGCCUGGCUGGUGCUAAAUCACGGCACCAAAGUCCAAGGCAGAUCAAAUGGUCUGUUCUCGCGCAUCACGUUCCGCGAACCGGUAUUUUUGGGCGGCAUUGGCAACAUUACUGGCCUGGCCAAGCGAUUGCCUUUGGCUGAGGGAUUUUCCGGCUGCAUUCGACGCUUUGUGGCCAACGAGCAUGAUUACAAAUUCACGGAGCAUCCAUUGGGCGAUGUCAUCAAUGGUUUUGACAUACAGGACUGCUCGACGGACAAGUGCGUGCGUUAUCCUUGCCAGCAUGGUGGCAAGUGUUUGCCCUCUGAUCAGGGCGCAGUUUGCCUGUGCCCCAUUGGCUUUGUGGGUGAUCUCUGCGAGAUUCGCAUGGAUCUGCAGGUGCCCGCAUUUAAUGGGUCCUCAUUUCUACGCUAUGCGCCGCUCGGCGACAGCGCACUAAUCUGGCUGGAGCUGAAGGUCAUAUUGAAGCCAGAGCAGUUGGAUGGCUUGAUACUCUACUCGGGUCCGGAGCAGCGUGGCGAUUUUAUUGCCUUGUAUUUGCAUGAUGGCUUUGUGGAGUUUGCUUUCGAUUUGGGCAGCGGUCCAGCGCUAGUUCGCAGCGAAUAUGCGCUCAGUUUGGGACAGUGGCACACCAUUAGGAUCUCAAGAACAGCUCGCCUGGCCGUGCUCAAGAUCGACCAGCAUCAGGAGGUCAUGACCAUAUCCUCGAAUGGCUUUUGGCAUCUGUCGCUGGCCCAGAACUUAUUUGUGGGCGGCGUCAAUCACAUCGACCGUCUGCCGCUGGACCUGAAGUACAAGUCCUUCUUCGUCGGUUGCAUACAACGCAUUGACAUCAAUGGGCACUCGCUGGGCAUUGUGGCCGAGGCGCUGGGUGGCAGCAACAUUGGCAAUUGUCCGCACGCGUGUGUCGCCCGGCCGUGCGGCCCGCUGGCCGAGUGUGUGCCCCAAAUGGAGAGCUACGAGUGCCGUUGCAGCAUCUACAAUGAGCGCUGCAACAAGGCUGCUGAAGUGCCGCCCGAACAGCUGCCGGCGCUAACGAUGCUCCACAAUGCCAGACCCCUUGAAGGCAAGCCACACAAAGGAGUUGGCGAGUCGGCGAGCAAACACAAGAACCAUGCCACAAAACGCAAGAAUUUGCAUAAGCGCAAGACAACAAAGGCGGCAACAACGACAACGACACCCACAACAACAACCACAACAGCUCUGCCCUUGGCAGCUGUGGCGCCAAGCAAUGAGGAAAUCGAAGAUGAUAUUAUUUUUCGCUUUGUGCACAGCACAGAUGCAGCCCCCAAUCCGGUGCAGGAGAGGCAGAUGAAGCAGAAGCAGCAGCAGCAGCAGCAGCAGAAGGAAAAGCAGAAGGACCAGGUGCAGCUGUUGGCGUUGAGUGGCAAACAGCAUGUGAGCAAGCAUGAGCAUCAUCAGAAGCCGAAUGCCUUUGCACACAAACUCAUCCGUCUGCCCACACACUAUGAAAGUUUCCAGACGAAUCCGGACAGCGAUAUACUCACAUUUGAUGACAACAACGAUUGGGUGGCCAGUCUGCAGCAGCAGGAGUAUACGGAUGCCAUGGCGACGAGUCAAGUGGGCAACCAACCCAGAGCCAGCUUCAAUUCUGCCGAAGGCGUUGCAGAUGCGGAUGCGGAUGCGGAUGCGAGUGGUUUUGUUUUCGAUGAGUCGCUCUUUGAUGCCUCCGAUGGUACUGAAGAUUAUCAGCGCAAGCAGCUCGCCCAGGAUAUGAAACGCAUCAUGUCCAAUACACACACACAUACCUAUAAACAGGACCAGCAGGAGCAGGAGCAGGAGCAGCAACAUCAGCAGGAGGAGCACCAGGAACAGCAGCCAAUGGCCACUGAGACGCUGUACAGCGACGAUUACAAUGAUGAUGAACUGCUGACGCCAGUGCUCAAGUCGGAGACGUUUGUGGCACCGAGUACGCCGCAAACGCACACCGACUGGAGCCUGCUGAAGAAGUUCGAUCUGUCCGCGGAACAUCAAUCGCAGGUGCAGAGUGUGCGCAAGAAUUUUGGCGCCUGCUUUGCUGGCACCGAUAGCUAUUUUCACUACAACGAUGCGGAGACUAUGAGCCAGGUCAUCAGCUACAACAUCGAUCUCAAUCUGCGCAUCAAGACGCACUCGGAGAACGGUGUCAUCCUCUGGACAGGCAGGCAGGGCACAACGGAGCUGCACGACGACUACUUGUCACUGGGCAUCGAACAGGGUUAUUUGCAUUUCCGCUAUGAUCUGGGCGCUGGCGAGCUGGACAUACGCUUCAAUGGCACCAAGGUCAGUGAUGGACUCUGGCAUCGCGUCAGGGCUAUAAGGAACUCACAGGAGGGCUAUCUGGAGGUGGAUGGCCGUAAAACGCUGACGCUACGUGCGCCGGGAAAACUGAGACAGUUGAACACCGAUACCGGACUCUAUGUUGGUGGCAUGCCGGAUGUGGCAUAUUUUACGCAUCAGCGCUAUUUCAGCGGCAUUGUUGGCUGCAUAUCGGAGAUCGUUUUGGCCGGUGACAAAUUGAACUUUGACCCGAACACAUUGGGCACAGCGCACAAUGUGGAAACGGGGCUACUAUGAAACGCUGCACUUACAUAAGCCUCAAGACUUUUGAUAUAUCAAAUAGUUUAAAUGUUAUGAUUUCAUUAACGAAAUGUUUACAAACCUUUUUAAACCUUUUCGUUUGUGUUUGUACAAAGACGCUUUUAAAAUCAACUGAGACAGAACGAGAAACGGAUAAAGAGAGAGAGAGAGAUGAAGCGAGAGCUAUUUGGGGGAAUUUUUUUACGCCAAGAGAGAUGAAAAAAAGAAACUAAAGUAAAUAUAGUAAACCAUACUACAUAUGAUAGAGUGCAUACAAAAAAACAUAUUGAUUAUAUACAAAUGCAUACAUAGAUAUAUAUAUUUAAAGAAACAAAAGCGAAACCCAAAAAAAAACCAAAAAAAAAAAAAAAAACAAAUGGAAAAAGGCAUGCUUCAUAUAGCCUGUGACUGUCAAUACUUCAGAAUGGAAUAGUUUAUAUAUAACUUUAGCAAAGAUUUAUAAAAUGAACGACAACAACUAAGCGUCUAUAAAAACAAAACAAAAGAAUAUUGUAUGUAGAAGAGAAAAGAAAAGAAAACAAAAAAAAUGAGUAACAAGAAAGUCAAAUGAAAAGUGUGCACAUGUUUUAUGUCCAUUUAUAAGCGCUUCGAUUUUAAGUGAACGUUACGCUUUAUGUGCAGAGCUGCCACCUUUUUGUAAGACACACAAACAACACUCACACACACACACACACACACACAACUAUAAACAACUAUAUACACAUGCAUAUUGGCAACACUUUCGUUUUUCGCAUUGCUGUACCUUAAAAACAAAAAGAAACAAACUAUAACUGUACAUUUCUCUGUACUGUAUUAGCACUUUUUGCAAGUUCUAUAAACUGUAUUAACAAAAACAAACAAACAAACAACCAAUACAAAAACAAAUACUUGAAGCGAAGAUGAAAUCUAAACAUACUUAUUAAAUGGUAAGUUAAUAAAUGUGUAGCGUGUAUUAGCUUGUAAGUUGGCACACACACACUUACACACACUCACACACACAUGCCUGCCUAU